AUGGGCACCGCUGGCGAUGCCACCGCACCCACCGAUCAUGAAAGUUUGCUUGCUUUCAAAAUGUUGAGAGGGUAAACUCACGGUACAUAGGAUUCAGUUCUCUCCUCAUUCGCAUCUUUUACCACUUAACACUACAGAUUUCCUUUAGGAGAGCUAGCGUUUUCGCCUCGUCUGCUAACAGGCCCUAUGGCCAGGAGACCUAUUUUUCCUCGUAGAUGCUCUGACUCCAAGGAAGCGCCCCGUUUCCUAUCACCAUUUAACCGCAAACUUUCUUAUUGUGGCUAGUAAAACUGGCACUCCUUCCCAUCACUGUUAAUGUCACCGGGCUCAAUGACCUUCUGUGGGUUCUCAUUGGCGAGCUUACAUUUGAUACGAUUCCAUAUAUCCGUGGCAUUCUUUGGCGACAGUUGGUGAUGUUAAUGAUGGCGAUGAUGAUGAUGAUGAUGAUGAUGACGAUGAUGAUGAUGAUGAUGAUGAUGAUGAUGAUGAUGAUGAUGAUGAUGAUGAUGAUGAUGAUGAUGGCGAUGAUGAUGGCGAUGAUGAUGGCGAUGAUGAUGGCGAUGAUGAUGGCGAUGAUGAUGGCGAUGAUGAUGGCGAUGAUGAUGGCGAUGAUGAUGGCGGUGAUGAUGGCGAUGAUGAUGGCGAUGAUGAUGGCGAUGAUGAUGGCGAUGAUGAUGCCGACGACGACGACGACGACGACGUAUUCAUUGGUGGCGAAGGGACAAGUUCCAAGGAAUAG